AUGGAAAGCAAACUAACUACUUCCCUCAAGUCCCUUCUCUCAGCUUAGAGACUAGAUAAAAAAUACGUUGUGCUAUCUCUCGAUGGAGGUGGAGUCAGAGGACUGAUGACAGUUGAAAUUUUAGUUGAAAUUGAAGAUCAUCUCAGAAAAUCACUCGGAAAUCCACACUUGAAGAUAACAGAUGUUGUAGACUGUGUCAUUGGAACUUCUGCUGGUGGACUUAUUGCCUGCGCACUAGCAAGCGGUAAAAGUGCUAAUGAACUCAAAGUAUUGAUGCCCUAAAUCAUUGGUAACACAUUUAAAAAUCCAAAAAGUAUGAGGAAGAGACUCAGAGAAGCUGCUUAUGAUCAUAAAAAUCUUGAAUCAGAACUUAUUGAAAAACUUGGAGCUGAUAAGGUCACCCUUGGCCAACUCAAAGAAAGAAAUCCUAAUUUAAGAUUAUGUAUUACUGCACUCUUAUACGAUCCUAAUGGAAAGGCUGGAAAAUUCACUCCUGUUGUAUUUGAUAGUGAAAAUGAAGCAGAUAAGAACAGAACUCUGCUCUCAGUUGGAAGAGCAACAUCUGCUGCUCCAACUUAUUUUGAAGGAAGUAAAAUGGAAGAUGGAAAAGUUUACUUUGACGGUGGUUGCUUUGCAAAUGAUCCAUCAAGUUGGGGAGUUAUUCUUGCAUCAACAAAGGUUAAACUAGAUAGCAUUAGAUUAGUUUCGGUCGGUACAGGAUACGCAGACCCUGAACCAUAAUAAACUAAACCUCCUGAAGAGGAUGAUGAAGGUGGCUUUUUAGACAGUUGCUGGAAUGGUCUGAGCAGUUAUGUAAAAUCCACAAAGGAUUAUUUGUUAACUGCUGCUAGCUUUAAGGAUAAUGGAGGAGAUAAGAAAGGUAUCUCUGAUUGGGUGAAUGCUGAACUCAUUGGUUCUUUAAUUUUCGAUGUUCAGAAAUAAGUUGAAGAAAUCAUGAAGAUCAUGAAACCAGGAAUGGAGAACCAUUUUUGGAGACUUAACCCAAAAACAGACAAAGAAUUCAAACUUGAUAAUGCUGAUGAAGAUUCCUAGAGAUAAAUGUCAGCUGCUGUUCAAAAAUAUAUUCACUAGGAAGCCACUCAAGCUGCCAUUAGGGAUCUAACUUCAACUUUGAGUCAGCCAGAUGACUUUGAAGCGAAAGCUUUAAAAUAUUUAAUGAAAGCAGCAAAUAUGAUUGAAUUCUCCCUUCAACACAGGAACUCUGAAAAUUAAAAGAGAGCAAGAAAGGCUGCUAAGCUUUUGAAAGUCAUGCAAACCCACUAUUAAGAAGCUGUUGAGAAAGUUACAGACGACGAGAUCUUGAAAGAAAAGGCAGGCAUUGAAACUUUCAUUAAUCUUCAGUCAAACAAGAAAAAGUCUGAAGUAUAUAAGACAGUAAUCAGAAAGUAGCUAAAGACAGACACCUAAAAUGCAUAAGAAAAUACUUAAUGA